UUGGCUGUAAAUGUCCAUGUGACUUUUGAAAUACAUUCAAAACAAACAUGGCAGUUGUUUAGUAAGUGUUACAAAUGUGUAGGAGCGUAUGUUGUAACUAUGAGUGCUGUAAUUGUGACGGAAAAGUGCAGAAUGUAUAUGAGCUGCACAAAAAUUAUUGAACGUGCUAAUGUAAAUGUUACUAUAUAAGGUGCUUGAGGUGGUUUCACAGACGAUUGUGGCACAGUGGUGAAGAUGCGACGGCGUUUAUUCCCGGCUUUUUUCGGCAUUUGUUCACAAAAUAUGAAAGUAAAAGAAAUUAAGCAAUCCAUUGGAGUGUUAAAGUCACAGACGUGGGUGCUGUAAAUGUAUAUUAUGCAUAGUGCUAAGAGUCAGGCUAAAUAUAUUGCGAAGUAUUUGCUGUGUAAACAUUUUAGUCUAAAGCUUUUGACACCUUGUAUGGCAUAAAUGAGUGCCAUUACGUCGGAAAAGACUAAAAAGACAUUGUGGAAUUUCUUUUUCCAUCCAGUGGCUGUGUGUUUUUAAUUGACGAGUUAUCAUCCCACGCACAGGUGUGAGAAGUAAAGGUCCUUAAUAUAUGUCAAGAACGGCAGUGACGCAAGGACACUUCCAUGUGGCACACCAUUCUGGAUCAUCCCCAUGUUCAUUUGGUCAAAUUUCACAAAAUGAAUAAUGUUGAUGGAGUAAAAAAAGCCUAGAGUAUUUACCGUAUUUGUUAUUCAGUAAAUUGUGUAUUUUGGCUGAGAUUCCAAAAAACAAGCUGCCACAAUGGAUGAAUCAAAUGAUAUUUUGGUUUGUGCAUCUGAGUACAUUAAAGAUCGGUUAUAUUUUGUUACACUGCGUACUAAUGUGAAGCCGAGGUCAACUGCGAACACUCAUUAUUUCAGUAUAGAUGAGGAGCUUGUAUAUGAAAACUUUUAUGCUGAUUUUGGGCCUCUGAAUUUGGCUAUGCUGUAUAGAUACUGCCAGAAGGUCAACAAGAAACUGAAAUCAUUUUCUCUGGCAAAGAAGAAGAUUGUUCAUUACACAACAAUGGAUGUCCAAAAGCGUGUCAAUGCUGCCUUCUUAAUUGCAUCAUAUGCGAUAAUUUAUUUGAAGAAGAAGCCCGACGAGGCCUAUCGACCAUUGGUUGGUGGGAAUAAUCCUCCAUUCUUACCUUUCAGGGAUGCUUCAUUCGGGAUAGCAGUGUAUAAUAUCAGCCUUAUUGAGUGCUUGUGGGCAGUGUACAAAGCUUUUAGCAUGGGAUUUUUCAAUUUCGAAGAUUUUAAUGUGGAUGAAUAUGAGUACUAUGAGCGUGUUGAAAAUGGUGAUUUGAACUGGAUUGUGCCUCAAAAAUUUAUCGCUUUCUGUGGUCCUCAUGCAAAAACAAAAAUAGAAAACGGGUAUCCUCUCCAUUCACCAGAGACAUAUUUUGCAUACUUUCGUCAAAACAAUGUGAGCACAGUUGUGAGAUUGAAUAAGAAAAUUUAUGAUGCCUCUAGAUUUACUGAUGCCGGGUUUGAACACAAAGACCUAUUUUUCAUUGAUGGAAGCACACCAAGUGAUCAAAUAUUAAGGCAGUUUCUACACAUAUCAGAGAAUGCUUCAGGUGCUGUUGCUGUUCAUUGCAAAGCUGGAUUAGGUCGAACAGGAUCCCUUAUAGGCUGUUACAUCAUGAAACACUACAGAUUCACUGCCCACGAAACAAUUGCUUGGAUUAGAAUGUGUCGCCCAGGCUCUAUUAUUGGACACCAACAACAGUGGCUAGUGGAGAAGCAGACACAAAUGUGGAUGCAAGGAGAUACAUACCGACAACAAAAAAUGGAAAACAGUUUUCCUAAACAUGCAUAUGGCAUAUACAGUAUGAAAGGUGUAGCUGCUCAUUUACAGUGCACUCACAGUCCAGAAGUAAUUAAGAACAACAUAAAGCCACCUGAUAAUGUUUCCCGUAUUUUACAAAAGGUUGAUACAAUGAAACUGGACGAUAAAGAAGAUGAAAAUAAAAAUGAAAGGUGUUGCAGACGGAGAACAAAAGUAAUGGAGGAUGCAACAAAUCAAAAUAAUGAGGAACCAGCAUCUGAUAUCCCUCUAACACAAGGUGAUAAACUAAAUCAGAUAAAGGCAUUUCGGAGGCAUCCCAGAUCUGUAACUACUGGUGCUGUACACUUAGAAGAUGGAAGGCCACACACGAGAGCGAAAUCUCAGCCUUUGAGAAGUGGGCAGCCAGCCCAGUCUCAGGCAAUACUUUCGCCCUUAAAAGCAACUAAAGUCAGCACAGCUAUAGUGGUCUCUCACAACAAAGACAAAGAUGUUGUACCAUCAAAAAGGCCGUCAAGGACUCCUUCAUCAGUUACAAAAAGAAAUACCUGGCUUCUUAAUUCAAUGUACGGAUCCAAUCGAUCAUUGAAUAUAAGCAAGGUAAAUCUUGCUUUCCCACCCCAUAAGACCAGUUACCGUGCUGCUGCAAAGUCUACACCUGCAACAACCUCUAACCCUUCCUCCCCAGCAUCGAGCCUCGAUAUGACCGUACGCAGCGCGGACCGAGUUAGCAGAUUUCAUACUGUUCGUCAUGCUCGCAUCUCUUCUCCUCGAGCUUGUAAAACAUCCUUCAUGAGAUGACUAACCAGCAUAUCCAGGAAGAAGAGCCAGAUACCUAAUCACGUUCCAAGUAAAAGUAAGCAGACUGUAAAGAUUAGAGAAGACAGCACUUGGCACGAACAUGCCAAACGCGCCUUGAGUUCCUCUGGAGAAAAACAGUCAUCACGUUCAACGAAAUCCGUUUGUCGUCCACCUGUUAAUACUGAGAAAUGUGGUUCCUUCGCACAUAUUGUGGUUCAGGUUCCUCAAAGUGAAAAUUUAGGUGAUACGUUAUUGGAUUGUAAUGUAGUAUGUGGUCUGAGUGUUUGCGAAGGACCAUUAAAAGCAGAAUGUGAAUCAGAUACUAAAAUUUUGAUGUAUUCUGUAAAAAAAUGAGCAGCUGCUUUUAAUUAAGCAAAAAACCUGAUCAUGUAGACGUGCACUGGUCUGUACUUAUAGAGAUAAUUCGGUGUACACAUAAUUUUAAAAUAUUUUAGAUAUAAUGUAAUUUGUUUGUGCUCCAACCACCACACAUGUGGAAUUUUAUUGAAGUUUUAAGGAAUCAGUAUUUUUUAUAUUGGACCUGUUUUAUGUUAUUGACCCUCCCCCCAUUCUCUCUCUCUCUCUCUCUCUCUCUCUCUCUCUCUCUCUCUCUCUCUCUCUCUGUGUGUGUGUGUGUGUGUGUGUGUGUGUGUGUGUGUGUGUGUGUGUGUGUGAGAGAGAAAGAGAGAGAGAGAGAGAGAGAGAGAGAGAGAGAGAACACAUGCGCUUGCUGUUCUGGCAAAAACAUGGGGGGUUGGAGUUAUUUUUUUAAAGGGACAAAUGUGGGAGGGAGCAAGUUCUGUGGUGUUGAUCUCACCAUCUGUGACAUCCCAUGAAAGUUCAGUAUUUUCGUACAUGUCCCUCCACCCAUUGCAACUAUACAUCUUCAGGUUCCUUAUCAUACUCUAGCCUCUUAAUUUCCUAUAUCCUUCUUAGACCCCUCUUCAUAUCUCCCUGCAUAGACGUUCCUGGAUGUAUUUGUUAUGUACAGGUUUGGUGUAAACAUAUUCUGAUACAUUUCAUUAUUUUUAUUGUUGAUUUAUCAGUGUUCUGCUACUUGCAGGGAAUUUUAAUAUCCUUGUAAGUAUUCUGUACAGCUUUUACCAGCCGCACUUUUGUUGCUUACAUAAGUUCCACGAGUUACUCUUCCACAAGGCCUACUUAUAUGUCUUCUUAAUAUGUACAUGACUGCAGCCAUUGUGGUUGUACUCAACUAUAAAAUUUCUUUUAACUGUUGUGAUGUAAUACUGUAAACUAAAUGAAACCUAUCAGCCACUGUUGACCUUCACUAGACAUGGUAAAGUGAAGUACUCUUAUAAGUGAUAUCGAUUUUCAUUUGUUACUCCAGUAGUAGCAUGGAUUUUCAACUUUGUGUAUCUUUUUACUGUUCCUUCCCAUGUUCUUUGCAAUUUUACUCUAAAACUUUUUUUAAAGUCUUUUGUAUUUUUGUGGUGCUCUACUGAUUCAUUCCGAAAAAAUUUUAUGUCCUCGACUUGCGGUGGCUUUAUUUGUACUGUUUUUUUUUGUAUAUCUGCUUAUUUUGAUUUAUUAGUUACUAAACACACUUAGUAAUUUUGUUAUUAUUUCAUCUACAAUUAGAUUAAGUCUUUUAUUUUCAUGAUUCCUUUGUUUUUUCAUUAUUACUCUAACUUUACUGUGUGUCCUUGCAUGUAAUGUUUCAGUUCUUUCUCCCAUUUAUUUUACAUCUGGGCUUUUCACUUCCAUUGGGGUUCCAUUUUAUCAUGCUACAAUUCAGCUACAACUACUUGUCUCAAUUUUUGCUUUAUUACUUUGCUGCAAAGAACAAAAAUAUAAUUUUUUAUGAGCAGUUUCAUCUUUGAGUUUAGUGCUUCAGUGUGAUAUUCUCUAUGCCACAAUUGAUCCCUUCUAAUAAUGUGAUCAUGUCAGUACCAGUGUAACGGAAUUCAUUCUCCUGCGGUGAUCAGUUUAGCCUUCAUAUUUGUUCAACUAGACAAAAAUUUAGCCCCACUGCAUAGUUUAAAUGUUUUGGUUAUCACUUUGUAUUUCUAUAUUGUGGUCUUCUGCUCCACUCAUGGAACCCCAUCCCUCUUUCUCAUACAACCUUUUAGCAAUAUCAUUUACCCCAAUUUCUGCCUUCUUUUUCAUUUCUUCAGUAGCUCAUUCAUAUAUAAUAUUAUAUAUUUUGUUGCAUAAUGUAUACGACUGUCAUAUCUUAUGUAUCUUCUUCAUCAUCAUUUUAAUGUCAAUUGAUGUAUUAUGUAAAUUGAAGGGAAAGGGGGAGAAAGGAAAGAAUCUCUCCUGAGUUUUUCCACUUUUUCCUGGUUUGAGUGUACAGUUCUGUUGGUACAUCCUUGUGUUUCACUUUCAUUUCUCAUUUUUCUUUCCCCAAAUAAAGCAUACUCCCCAUUUCAUCAAUUUAUGCUUUUUAUAUAUCUCCCAACCCAUACCAGUUUUGCCUUUCAUAUAUGUUUCAUUCACAGUUGACAUUAUUUCUGUCUGUUCAUGUGUAACCUGACAGAGAUAAAAAGUUGUACAUCGAGCAUCUUCACAGGUUAUUUUGUAGUUCACAUACCCUCCAUGCAACCUGUUUCUGGCUUGUAAGUGGACUAGAUUAUACACUAUUAUUUGUAGACAUUCUAUCUGUGUUUUGCUUCCAAGUACCUUAAAACUUCUGUACAAUGACGAAGUGCCACAGUUUGUGUCGAUCUCAUUUACAUGCAUCCUCCCGUGCUGCCCUUGACAGCCUCCUGUGACUUUCGGGAGAUGUAUUAGGUCAAGAGGGGCACUGUAUAUUUUAUGUGGUUUCAGUUAGAAAAUAUGUUGGAUGCUACCUUCAGUAGUAAAAAUAUUCUACUCUUGUUAUUGCUUUAAUCAAAUUAUUAAUAAUUUUACUUCCUGUUUAUUACCAUGUGGGUAUUUGACAGAAUAUAUUAAUCACUGUCAGGGUGACACAAUAUAAAACUCAUCAUGGUCUUUGUUUUUGUUUUGGGUAAACAGUUUAGAAAAAAAAGAGGUCACUGAACAUCUUAAACUCACUAAUUAAACACUCUAUUGAAUAUGUUUCACUUCAGUGGUGUUAUUAAUUCUUGCCAGAACCCUUUUUAGAAGCCUGAGUCAGAGGUCUGUUGAUUUAUUGUUAUAUUUCAGUACACUCAUUUUAUUAUUGACGAUUCAGAAAAAAGGUAAUAAGUUGGCUGAUAUUAUAUUGGUAAAAGUAAGUAGGCAGCUAUUUUAAGUAGAAUGAAAAGGAUUAAAGUAUAUUUUUUUGAGUUUGAAAAGGAACACAAUGUGUGGAAAAACUGUAGAGCUUUGUGAGAGUAUUAUGCAGUACAUACUGUACUUAAUUUGUUUCGCAAUGAGUUGUACAGGAUGAACCAAAAUUUGUGCCCUCGGACUGCAUACUAACAACAAAUAUGUGUGUAACAAAAUUUCAUCCCUUGCACUUUAGCAGCAGAAAAUGGAUCUCUUAGGAGGCAGUUUAAAUGGAGAAAUAUGCGUGGGCCGAAAUUUUGUUACAGACAUUUCUGUACUGUUAGUGUCCAAGUAAUCACACUAUUGCAUCAGGGUGCACAUAUUUUGGUUCACCAUGUAUAUCAGCUUAUUAACUUAAUUGUGUUUAGCCAAAGACACUCUGGAAAUGUUGAGAGCAGUACUGCUGAGGAAUAAUGGAUUCCGUAUGUAGCUGAACUUGAUAUUAGAUUGCAUCACAAUUAAAUGAAGAGAAAAAAAAAGGUUAUUUGUCUGGUGACUUCCAUGCUUCAGCCUGAAAAUUUCAGUUCCCUUCAAUCUCCUCUCCCAGAUGAAGGAUUUUUAUGUACUAUUUGGUGGGCUGCAGCCUUUUAUGAUUUUUAACUAUAUUUAGGUGAAAUUUUAUUUUGAUUUAUUCUCUUUAUGUAUACAGAAUGUAUUGUUAUAAAUGGAGAUCUCUGUGUUUAUAUUUUUCAUUAUUGUUUUUCUGACAAGAUUUUUAUAACUUUUUUGUUAUUGGGUCCUAAUACUCUAAGUAUGUAUUUUUUUUACUUUAUCCCUUUUUUAUCAUUAGCUAUAAAAUAAUAAAAUCACACUCAUUUGGGGCAAACUGGUAUACACCUAAUUUGAUACCUUAGUAUUAUAAGCAAGUUGUUUUUCCUAUGGUAUAUAUUUGUAUUGUGUAUUCUAAACCACAAUACAAGAAAAGAAAAAGAGUGUAGAUUUUAAAACAUCUUAGAAAGAUCAGUAAAAAUCAGCUCUAGUUAUAGGUCAUGAUGGCAGUAUGUUAUUGCAGUGAGGAGAACAUAAGUUUUAAAUUCUGUGAAUCUUGGCAGUGAUGACAGCUCAUAGAUAUAAUUUUAUGUGCCAAAAACAGAAGCAAUGAUUAAGUGAUGACUAAUAUGACUUAUAAGUUUGUAAUUUUAUGCAGUUGUGGUCAGUGCUUGAUUUGUGACGGUACCCACUGGUACGUCGUACCAGUACCUGUGACGAAAUGAGAUGUGGUACGAUAGAAUUUUUGCUGUGAUUGAAGCAGUAAAAAACAAAUGUUGUAUUCAUUCACACUUUUAAAAUGCUGAGAAAAGCAUUAAAAUAAUGUUUUAAAAUGUCUAAAUUAAAAAAAAAAGCCUCCUGGGAGGUCACACUACCGGAAUCUCUCUUCUUUUUUUACAAAUUGAGCAUUGGGUGUGGUAAUACGGUUACAAAAGCAGAUCUGCUCAGUUUGAAUGAAACUGCUGAAGUGAAACAUCUUAUUUUCCCCAGAAAUAAUUCUGAAAUACUAAGGUACUAUUAUGUUAGUGGAGUCUUUUAGUAACUUCUCAUGUACGAAUUUUAUGUUUAACCAUUGCAAUACCGAGGGGGUGGGGGUGUACUUUGUGCCCACCUUUUGUAAAUAUCAGAAUCUAGACAUGUACUAUAUAUUUUAAAAUUUUGAAAAAAAGUAAUAAUUUCUUAUACUAGAUUUUGUAAAUGUUUUAAUUCUGUUGGUAGUUAAUUCUGGGUAGUGACUUCACAACAAAUGUCACGUUCAUAUUUUAAGGUUCAGGACCCGUCUUACACAGCAGUAUAUAUUUAAAAAGUGUGUUAUGAAUAAAAGUUAAUGACAUUCUUUUUUAAAAAAAAUUCUUUAUUGUUUUUGUAAAGUCCCCUUCCCCUUUGUGCACACAUUAUUGAAAAUGCCUCGGUAUUCCUAAGACCGGGCUAAAUGAUAUUUUCAGGUCCUGGACCCUGCUUAUGUUGUCAGUACCUAUUUAAAAAGUAUGUUGUCAAUAAUAGUUAACAAUUUUUUUGCAUAAAGUACCCCCCUGCUCUCUUCUUGGUAGUUGUGUUAUGGAAAAUGUGUUGGUAUUGCUGGGGUUAUGGGGAAAAGUGACAAAACUGUGAAUGCUCUGCUGGUGUUUAUUUCCUUUACAAACUGAUUUUUCACAUAAUACCAUUGUAAACUAGAAACUUGUUUCUGUAAUAAAUAAACGCCAGUAAAAGAUUCAAAAUGUUGUCAGCCAUUCUUAAAUUAUUAAUUGUUUGGAAUAUGAUGGUGUUUUAUAGCAUCCCUGUUAUGUGACAUUUGUUAUAUUUUGCAAAUUUAACAUUUAUUACCUGGUACUACAGUUAACAGCUUAGUUAAACUGUAUUGUAACCACCUAACUGUCUUAAUUUUGGUAAUAGUCUACCUGGCAAAUUACUUGCAUUGUUGUGAAGGUAAUAAAAAUGAAAGACAAAUAUACUACUAUAUGU